AUGCCAACCGCGCGUUGCAAGUCCGCCAGUCCCACCAAGCACACAGCUUUUGCCCUGAGCACCGCCCAACCCUCACGACGCCGCGGCGCUUGGCGUCCACCGCCCGUGUAUCUUGCCGAUGGAAAGACAGUCUAUCAAGACUAUGUGCGCCCUCCCCCUGGUCAUGCUGGGUUUGCCCUUAACACUCGACGGGCAGAAGAGCUUGAUGAUUGGCCCCCGCCCCUAGACGCAGAUGGAGAGGCACCUGAGGAUGCUCCCGAGAUGUACAUGGCGUAUAUUGGCAGCGAUGUUGCACCGUUAGGCCUGCAGACGACGCAUUCUCAUCUACCUGGUGCGCCGCACCGAGCGGCUGCAACACUUGGAACAGGUCAUGCCAUACACAAGGGAAUGUAUCUGCGGGAGACAGCAAGACGUGCAAGUGUACUUGCUCAGCUGGCACGCUCACCAAUCGAACCCCAUCUGGCUGUCAACAUGAGAGUCUUGGACUUCGUGCAAGAUCUCUUCCUCAAUCAAGCACCCAACAACCGUGCGCUGACGAAGACGAUUGAGCAGUGCCUCGAUUGUCUGGGGUACAAACUGCCUAACCAAGAAUCCCUGCGUCGUCAAUUUGGUAACACUCUUGAGUACUACACAAUCUUGCGUCACUGGACAGACCAGGCGAUGGACGACAUACUUCAAAGCGUGCGGGAGGAGAUGUGCAAAGAAGAGGAACAUUGCGAACGGCCAUCAACACCUACUCCCUCACCCCACCGCGGUGCUGAAGAAUCUCCGCGCAAAAGAAGGGGCAGAGAACUUGAGUCGUCCCCACCAUCCUCUCCGACUAAGCGCACCCAAGCACUGUCUUCCUCUCCAACCCCGGUGUUCAUGCCCCCGUCUUCAUCACCUGGCCCCAGCCCCGAGCAGUCGUCUUCUCCAGGUCCAUACUCCCCCAUUGCUGAGUCAUCCGGCACCGCCGGGCCGAUCUACCCGUUCCUGACGCCUCAAGACCGUGUCUGA